AUGCUGAGAGAUGGCAUUACAGGUGACUGGAUAGGAACCUUCAUCGGACACAAGGGUGCUGUGUGGUCGGCAAGGCUGUCUUCGGACGCCAAAAUUGCAGCCACUGGCUCUGCAGAUUUCUCCGCGAGAGUCUGGGAUCCUCAGACAGGAGAAUGUCUACAUAUCCUGAAUCACGACCACAUUGUCCGAGCUGUUGCCUUCCCUAUCCAGGACAACCCACAAUGCGUGGCCACUGGUGGUCAAGACAAGAAGCUCAAGAUAUUCGACCUUACUAGGGGAGGCAGUGCGGCUUCUCCUGCUCAAGCAAACGGUGGAUCCCCAGUCACUCCUUCCACCACGUCGGAGGGGCUUGAGAUCGGAGUGGGACAGCAUGGCGGAAGUAUCAAGUCAAUCGUCUGGAACGUCGAUUAUAACAUUCUUACUACGGCCUGCGAGGACAAGACCAUCCGGUGGUGGGAUUUGAGGACCCAGAACAUGAUCGCCAGUUUCCGAACUGAACGAGAUAUUGGUUCAUGCGAGCUAUCCACCAAUAAGGCAGAGGAUAGUGAUCCCGGCAUCCUCAGUGUAGCCGCUGGAAACUCAUGUUUCUUCUUCGAUGCUGGUCGACCCGGCGAACUGAUCAAGCAGGUCAACUUUGACCAUGACGUUGCCAGCGUAGCCAUCAAUCCUGCAAGUGGCAGGUUUGUAACUGGUGGAGUCAAAGAUACGUGGGUUCGAGUGUGGGAUUUUGCCCAGGAAAAACAACUUGAGGUCCUCAAAGGCCAUCACGGUCCCAUCUGGACGGCUGCCUUUUCCCCUGACGGCAAGAUCUACGCGACUGGGAGUGAAGAUGGAACGAUCAAACUGUGGAAAGCCUGCAAGGAGCCAUACGGUCUGUGGCGCUGA